AUGGUCAGCCUGGUAUCAGACCGAGUACGGCACUUCGAGCUUGUGAAGGUUACUAGCAACGCUUCUCAUGCGAAGGCUUACGUGUUGGUCGCCGAUGGAGGGUUACACCUGGUCACUGGUUCACUUAGCAGCACUCUGAAGAGCGGCAGCUUCAAAUAUGAAGCCAUCACGAGUGUCGAACAGAAUGGCAACGUGAUAACGCUUCAAAUCUCGCCAGAUGCUGGAUCUUCGCUGCAAGCGCUUGAGAUGGGAACCCCCCGCCGUACUCAGCUAUACACCAAAAUCAAAAUAGCGCUUCGUGCCCGUUACAUGCUAUCCGAAUAUAAGGAAGAAGAAAACUCUUCCGAUGAAGAGAAUGAUGAAAAUGAUGGCCAAGAGCGUACACUGUUGCCUUUCAAAGGUUACAAAAAGGUGACGUUGACUGGCUACUUUUUCUUCGUUCGGGACACAUUUGAGCACACUUCCUUUACAAGUGGGAGUUUGAUACGGUUACAAGACAUCGGCAGGUGUAUUUCCAUAAAUGUCAAUGUACGGGAUACAAUGCCUCUGAACUCACCUGAGAUGGUAGGGGAAUACGUAGCGUUUAAAAAAUCCUCACAGCCAAAACAUCAAGACCUAUACCAGUAUUCUCGCAGUAUCUUGCACGAGCUAGGUACAGCAGAGGUGCUUGUUGAUGGUGUGUAUAACAAACGCAUGAACCUUAACAACGACCUUGCAUCGUGGUCAUGCUACCACUUGUUAGUCCGUACCGACACAUCUCUCGUGGCAUUCUUCAUAUUUCGCCGGAUGUACAUACCUCCAAUGUUUGACAAAUGCCAGGAUAUUUCGAUUCGUUUUUCGGCCUCUUUGCGCAGUCCGGCAAUGUCGCACGUCUCAGCGUUGUACAACGAGAUCAGCACGACCGCCAAUUCUCUCACAGCUGUCGACGAGUACAACAUGUGGUAUGAUGCGCUGAUUUUGCGGACACUUUUACGCAGGUACAAGGACCUCAUUCAGGUCCGUUUGGACAACCUGCGCUUUGACCAUCCGAUGUAUGCAUUUUUGAAGCGACAGGGUGGUGUAGUACCUAGCUACCACAAGCUAAUAAAAGGUUUCACGCUAUCAGUGUUGCGUUUGCUUCCUCCAGAUUUUGUGGAUCCGUAUGUGAUUCAGCAGCUGAAUGACCCAAUGGUCCUCGCCAGCGAUGAUCCCAUGGACUACAUCUAUAACGUUAAGGCCUUAAUGUUUGGAAUUGGAAGCUCCGAGGAGAUUCCUGACCGCAAAGAGCUAAUGAAUCGAUUCGACAUGCGCCUCGCAGAUUACAUCGCACUCUGCAUAGAUGACCUACUUAUGGGUCAUCAUCUUUCACUAGCUAUUUUGACACGGUACCUGAACUGUAUGGAAGACAGCGCCUACAAAAAGGUGAACACCAAAUUAACCAUAGCUCAUUAUCUGCAGAAGUUGCGCAGCGUAACGGCUUACCUCAUACACUUUCGGCCGAUCGACUUUACCAAGGCGUACUCACCUUUACUCUUGGAUAGAAUAAUAGAGUCCUAUUGUGUCGAUAGUGGUGGCUUCAACUGGUCAGGAGUGGUGUUCAAUCAUUAUGCCGCGUCGCGCAUGAUCGAGGAGGGGUUCUUCAUACACCAAUACGCCAAAGAUAUGCGGAAUGCUCACAGUGAGUGGAACCCUUAUGUUAGCUUGGUUAGCGACCUCCUCGAUAAGUACAACGACGACCUCAUAAUGGAACGUGUCUUGAAGAAGUUCCUGGACAUUCCUCAGCCGAUUGACCCGUCAUAUCUGCCUCUUUUGAAGUGUAUGAUUCGUAUGCUGCGGAGAUACUCGAUGAACUACAAGAUUGUUGUGAUCAUUACUUCAAUUUUGACAAAUUUUAGCUUCAACUCAAAAAUUUUCAAGGAUCAUAUGAUCAAGAAUGGCGUUGCCACACUCUUAAUAGAAAACAUGUUAUCGGGUGAGGACCAAAUCGUACUGUCUACACUAAAGCUCAUGAUCAAUAUAACCAAGACCCCUGAUCAUCAGAAUGCGUUUAUCAGUCAUGGUGUCAUGAGCAACUUCAUUGUGAUACUUGAGAAAUAUUAUGCGAAGAAUAUCGAAAUAAUCGCAUUGUCUGCGGCUGUUUUGGGUCAGCUCUUCAACUCUGGUAUUAUGCGAAUGACUUCCAAACAGCUUGAGUACAUCAUAGAUGUGAUGUUAUUUUCUUACCAUAUAGGAGCGCAGGACGUUGGCCAAAUAGGCAUGUUGUUGUUUUGCCUGAAGAAGGCGCCCAAAACGGGUGCUAUGCAUAUCAAGGUAGGACAGCACAUGCUUCGUUCCAUCGUGGUGGACCUUAAGGUGUAUCGUGACGAGGCGUUUGUGGUCAACGCAUUGGAGCUACUGCUAGAAUUAACCGCGCGGGUGCAAAAUUGCAUCGCUAUGCGCCAGCUAGGUGUAUUAGAAGCGGUUGCACAGGUGCCACUAAAUGACACAUCCGUGCAACUUGCAAACAAGUUAAAGGAGCGCAUUGUACGAAGGACUCGUUGUCUGGAGUCUACAGUGUAA